AUGUCCAAGCAGCCGACGAACCCGUUGAUGCGCAGCAAGAAGUACGACUCGCCGUUGCGACGAGAUCGGCCGUCUCUGCGCCCGCAGAUGCGUAAGGGCCCCAUCAACAUUCCUGCGCGACCAGGCCACAAGUUCAUUCAAAGCACGCCUGGUGUCAAGAAGGAGGAAAACGAGCCCAAAUACAAGGAGUACUCGCUGGUGGCUGCGUCCAAGGACGAGCUCAAGGACCUGCGAUACCACAUUAUGCGACUGCACAGUAUCAAGAACGUAGACCCCGGCGCCGACUUCACUCCCCCCAUCAAGUUGCACAGAAAAGACCCUCGAAACCUGCAGUUCCAGGCAACACAGGAGGAGCAGGCGGCCGAGUCCAACGCCGACAGUGGCGCUGAGGAGGGGACGGAGCCUGUCAAGCGAGAGCAGGCCGAUCUGUCGAAAAUCGCGCCGGAUGGAGGAGCCCGACACGCCAAGAAAAACCAGUUCAACAAGAAGGCCAAGCAGGUGAUCCACAGAGACGAAGAUGCCAAAAAACUGCGGUAUGAGGAGUACUACCCCUGGGUAAUGGAGGACUACAGUGGCAAGAACACGUGGGUGGGCAACUAUGAGGCAGCCCAGAGCGACUCGUACUGCGUCUUUGUGUUCCACGGUAACGGCUUCAAAAUGGUGCCUGUCGAGAAGUUUUACAAGUUCACGCCGCGAAACCAGUAUGCCACGUUGACGCUUGAGGAGGCCGAGAAGCGGAUGGCAGACAGUGUCAAGGCCGGCACCCCUCGAUGGCUCAUGAAACACAUGUCGCCCGAGAUGCAGCAAUCGCGAAUGCGAGAUCAGCGCCCACGCAAGUUCCAGACUGUCGACAGUGGGGGGCCUGUGGAUGACGACGAUGGGCUGUCUCGUCGACGAGAGCGAGAUGAUGAGGAUCUCGAUUUCGACCACGUCUUUGACGACGACGAAGAGGCGCCGAUCAUGGACGGAGACGAGGAGGACCAGAAGGAAGUGGAGCGAAAGAUGAAGAACGAGCACCGAUCGGCAGCCGUUCUGAAGGACGAUAACCACGACGACAUGGGCGACCUGUUUGGAGAAGAGGAGGAGGAGAAGAUGGACAAGGAAGGUCGUAAGUUGAAAAAGUAUCUGCGGUCACUGGAGAAGAAUGCUCAUUACGAUUCGGAUGACGAUGAGAACCCCUACGCUUCUUCUUCCGAAGACGACGACGACGAAGAAGAUGGUAUCAAGAAGGAAGACCCCGUCAAGAAGGAGGAGGAUCUGGCCAUCAAGGAGGAACCCAUGCCGUUGUUUGUCAAGAAAAACAUUACUGGCCUGCCCCGCGGCAUGGCUGUCAUCCAGCUGCCUCCUCAUGUUCUCGCCAAGUUCACCCGAGGAGUGUGGAACCCCAAUGCCAAGCGUCCUCGAGAGGCUGGCGGAGAGUCUGGAGAUGCUAAGCGGCCCCGAACCGCGGAUGCUGAUCUACCUCCUCCCUUUGGACCCAACGACACGGUUCUGUCCGACGACAUCAUUCUCAACACGCUGCGAAGCCGACCCCCCAUGGCCGUGCAGGAUCUGCUGCGAAUUCUCAUGCCCAUUAUGCGCAAGGAUGCCGACAACAAGGCUCGUCUGACGGCUUGUCUCAAGAAACACGCAAAGGUCCAGAACGGAGUGCUGGUGCUGAGAGAGUAA